CUCCACGGCCUGCUAUCUGACUCUUGCCGGUCAGGGUCACAGCAGCUCGAUGUUGAGGAGCCUCGCUAUCCCCUCAUAACCCCGUGCUCCGGUUGAGGCAUACAAUCGUUCAGCAGACACGACUUCCGACGGCUUGGCCCGCCAAGAUGCGACCUUCUUUGGUAUCAACAGUGCUCUUCCUCCUCACAGCCUUCACACCGUCGAGUAUCGCGAUAGAAUCACUCCCCAACUCGCCAUGCUCGGUGCAAUGUGGGAACGUUCAGGGCUCCACAACGGGGUCCGAUAUUGUGUGUAAUAAUGGGGAUUUCGCAUCAACGGCCACCGGGAUCACCUUUCAGAGUUGUGUCACUUGCCAAUUAGGGAGCACUUACGUUGACCCUGCCACAAAGAAGACGGAUUUGCAGUUCGCUUUGUACAACUUGAGAUAUGCCGUAAGUUGGUGUCUGUUUGGUUAUCCAAACAAUACAAACGUUCCCAGUACCCCUUGCACCACUAGUACCGCAUGUCAACCUAUUGAGAACGCCAUUGAGUUCGAUUCGCUCAAUGCUGCGGCAGCCACCUACAGUUACUGUGCACUCAUGAGCACCAUCGCUGUCCCGAAGUGUGAGGCUUGUCUGGCGCAACAGACAGACCAAUUUUAUAUCAAUAAUUUCGUGAUAGCCCUCAAUGGAGCUUGCCAACAACAACCAACUCCAGGCCACAUCGUCUCUCUCCAAGGGUCUCUGUUCUCCACCACUACAGUCAACAUCACGUCCCCUACCCCCACCCCCUCCGGCACCUACACGCCUUCGAACGCCAAGUUCACCCUCGGCGCCAAAAUCGGCAUCGCUGUGGGCGGCAUUAUCAUUCUGUUAGCAAUCGUAGGAGCCUGCAUCAUCUGGCGCGGGCGGAGACGCCGUCGGAGUUUUCUCUUGAGACAUCAACAGCAGACCGGGUACGCAGAGUGGGUAGCUGCCCAGCAGAGCAUCCGCAGCGAACCUCCGAGUGCAACCUCACCAAACGGAGCCUCACGGAGCCCACGACGUGAUAUGUUUGAGGCGUCCAUGGGCGCUACUGGAAGUGGGGGAGCCUUCUUCGACAGUCCUCAGAGCCAAAGGCCAUUAGUCUCCAGCAUGCCUUGGGGUGGCGGAAUGAGUGAGGAUAUGAGUCCUGCCAAUGAGAAGGUCUACUUCAGCCCUUACUCGAGUAACUAUAACAGUCCAGUGAGUGCCACCGAUCAGAUACAGACUGUUGGGCAACAGUGGCCCUUGGAUGGAAAGGAUACGGUAGCUGGGACGUCGGGUUUUGGAAGGAUACAUCAGCAUCGGAGCAGAAGCCGAGAGAAAAAGGAUAGUAAAGAAGAUCACUUCGAGAUGCAAGUCGUGGCACCCACAUUACAACACCCAGGCCACGGGAGACAGGACUCGGUUAAGUCACUUGGCUUGACGGAGGAGGAUCACCAAAGGGGCGACGCCGUAUGAUGGCCAGGACAUAGGCAAUCUCAUCUCUCAUCCAGCUUCACAUACCUACUUGAGCAUUUCAUUCGUCACUGUUUUUGAGCGGGAGUCUGAAUCUUUCGUUGGUUGGAUCUGGUUCCCGGGGUCAGAUAAGAUCUAUGGCGAAUGGUUUGGCUUCCGAGGUUGGAAACAUUGCUGUACAGUACCUACGAUACCCGACAACGGGAUCUUUCCUGUCACGAGGCUCUUCCUGACCUUAGUCCUCUUAGAAGAGCACACAUAAUAACUCGUCCAAAACAUACACACAUUUCAAUUUACCCCUAC